CAUGCACUGCGAGGUGGCCGAGGCGCUGUCGGACAAGAGGCCGAAGGAGGCCCCCGGGGCUCCCGGCCCCGGCCGCGGGCCCGCCGCCGCCGCCUUGGGAGCGCACAUGGCCUUCAGGAUUGCGGUGAGCGGCGGCGGCUGCGGGGACGGGAACCUCCCAGACCUGCUGCCUCGGCUGCCGGUGCCACCGCCGCGCGCCCACGACCUUCUCCGGCCCCGGAGCCCUCGAGACUACGGCGCGUCCAAGGCCGGCGGCGUCGGCAAGGUGAACGGGAGCUACGGGCCCUGCCCAGAGAAGAGCCUGCUGGACCUGGACCUGGCUGAGGGUCCCAGCCCCUCCUGCCACCAGGGUCUGUUUCUCCCUGCAGGGACCCCACCACCCCGGGCUCACGCCCCUGUCUGCGAGAGGCUGCUUCAUUUCCCCCACCCUAACAGGUCACCCAGACCUCAGGCUACCUACGUGAAUGGCAGCCUCCCAGCAGCCCAACACAUCAAGCAAGAAGCCCUACCUGACUACCAGGCCAUGGCCGGUGCCCAUACACCCCUGCCCACCCACUGCCGGGCCCCAUCUUCAUCGGGCCUGCACUCAGACCUGGACUUCCCAGGCCGAGGCCUCACUAACCCCGCAUCUUCCUGCUACCUUCUGGGCAGCGAACCCAUCUCAGGCCUGGGUCCCCAGCCGGAGGGCCACCUCCCUGAAGGCAGCCUGAAGCAUUGCUGCCUCCUGGGCCUGCCCCCCGCCUCUUCAGCCUCCCCCUCCCCCUGCACCUCCUCCGACGUCAAUCCUGCCAUCCACUCCUCCCAGACGGCUCUUGUCAGUUGUGUAAAUGGACUCCGAAACCCACCUCUGCCAGGAGACCUGGGGCCCCCUCCCAAGCGACCUCGGCCCGGGCCUGGGCCUGGGCCUGCAUCCGGUGACAGCCACGAGGGCGGCUUGCAGCUCGAAGCGUGCCGGAAGUCAGGCUUCCUGAAGCAGGAGCCCGUGGACGAGUUCUCGGAGCUCUUCGCCCCUCACCAGCAGGGCUUGCCGCCCCCCUACCCCCUGCCUCAGUUGCCGGCUGGCCCCAGCCUUGGCGGCCUAGGGCUCGGCCUGGCGGGCAGGAUGGCGGCCGGGAGGCAGGCGUGCCGCUGGGUGGACUGCUGCGCGGCCUACGAGCAGCAGGAGGAGCUGGUGCGGCACAUCGAGAAGAGCCACAUCGACCAGCGCAAGGGCGAAGACUUCACCUGCUUCUGGGCGGGCUGUGUGCGGCGCUACAAGCCCUUCAACGCCCGCUACAAGCUGCUCAUCCACAUGAGGGUGCACUCGGGCGAGAAACCCAACAAGUGCAUGUUUGAAGGCUGCAGCAAAGCCUUCUCCCGCCUGGAGAACCUGAAGAUCCACCUGCGGAGCCACACGGGCGAGAAGCCGUACCUGUGCCAGCACCCAGGAUGCCAGAAGGCCUUCAGCAACUCCAGCGACCGUGCCAAGCACCAGCGCACCCACCUCGACACGAAGCCAUAUGCUUGCCAGAUCCCUGGCUGCUCCAAGCGCUACACGGACCCCAGCUCCCUCCGCAAGCACGUGAAGGCCCACUCGGCCAAAGAGCAGCAGGUGCGUAAGAAGCUGCACACGGGUGCCGACGCAGAGGCUGACGUUCUGUCCGAGUGCCUGGCGCUGCAGCAACUCCACGCAGCCACACCUUUGCCCGCCAGCAGGGGGAAGGGCGGCCAAACCCUGAGCCAGGAGCUACUCCCAGGUGUGUACGCUGGCUCCAUCACCCCACAAAAUGGACUCGCUUCAGGCAUCCUGUCCCCCUCCCAUGACAUCCCUUCCAGGCACCACCCUCUGGAGGUCACCACUGGUUCCCACCACCACCUGUCUCCUCUACCCACAGCUGAGAGCACCAGGGAUGGGUACGUAUGCCUGGGGCCUGGCCUCCUCUCACCCAUGGUCAGCCCGCUGAAGGGGCUCGGUCCCCCACCUCUGCCGACGUCCUCCCAGAGUCAGUCUCCAGGGGGACAGUCAUUCUCUGCACUCCCCAGCAAGCCGACCUACCCACCCUUCCAAAGCCCACCGCCACCUCUGCCCAGCCCCCAAGGCUACCAAGGCAGUUUCCACUCCGUCCAGAAUUGCUUUCCCUAUGGCGACUGCUACCGGACCACUGAGCCAGCAGCCUCCAGGGACGGACUAGUGGGUGACACCCAUGGCUUCAACCCCUUGCGACCCAACGCCUACUCCAGCCUCAGCGCACCGUUGCCUGCCCCGGGCUACGAGGCCCUGGCAGAAACCCCGUGUCCUGCACUGCAACCACAGCCGUCUGAAGACCUGGUAUCCAGCGGUCCCGAGGACUGUGGCUUCUUCCCCAACGGGGCCUUUGACCACUGCCUGAGUCACAUCCCCUCCAUCUACACAGACACCUGAAGAAGGCCCGCUGCACCUGCUGCACCUGCCGCACCUGCCUGCCCGGCUCCGGACACUACUUCACCUGCUUGCCAUGGGCCCUGGUGCUUCCCACAAGGGGCAGCGAGGCCACACCGCAGGGGCAGCUCCCCUGUGCGGAGGGCUGUCUGGUCUCAGAGCUGCCUGCCAGGAACUGUGGCCCUGUGACAGUGUCUUGGCUGUUCCCCCCUCUCUCCCCCUACGGUUCUCAAAUCACAGACCUCGUGUAUAUACAAUGUACAGGACCUCUUUUCCACCUCCUAUGAGUUUUAUAUUUUUGGUUUUGCAAGAAAAACAUUAAAAACUGGAAACUAGA